AUGGCAACAAAAGCUGUUCUCCAGCGACUGAUCACAAAUCCCGACAGACUAACCAGUUUAGCGGAUGAAGCAAAAGAGUUUGCUUUUCAAGUUGGGAUGAUCAUGCACACGUAUGAGGCCCCCAGUUCGUCUGAGGUUGUGACCUACACUCCGCUCACCCUCUUCCCCUCUCCUGUGCCCAAAGCCGCCUUCCUCCAGGCCCUGGCGGUGCAAACUCACUUCAACACACUAGUGGACAAGAUUAGCCAGGACCCAAAGUUUCUGGAAGAGGCUCUCGCAGGCACCAUCCAGGCAGAUGAUUUCACAGCGAAGUUGUUUGACAUAUACAGACAAGUGCAGCAGGAAGGUCAGACACAGCCCAUCGUGGUGGGCCUGAACCGCUCGGACUACAUGGUGGAUCGGGGAGAGGAUGGGACCUCUUCCCUGAAGCAAAUAGAGAUCAACACUAUUGCUGCUGCUGGUUUCAGUGUGUCUGACCGUGUCUCUGUGGUGCACAGGCACACACUGAGGUCAGUUGGUCUCUUGGAGGAGAGCGAGUGCGUCCAGGCCAGCAACAGCACUCCUCGAAUGUGCGCCGCUCUUGCCAAGGCCUGGGAGCUCUACGGCAGACAGAAGGCGGUAAUCAUGUUUCUGGUUGAGGAUUUCCAGAUUAGCAAACUCAGCCGUCGUGGAAUGGAGAAAGAGCUGUGGAACAGGAAUAUUCCUUUUAUCUGCAGAAGGUUCGAUGAGGUGUCCAGAGGAGCGUCGCUUGAUGGUCACAAAAGAUUGUUUAUAGAUGGGCUGGAGGUAGCUGUUGUGUACUACCGCUAUGGCUACAUGCCAGACCACUACACACAACAGACUUGGGAUGCUCGCCUUCUGAUGGAGCGCUCACUGGCUGUGAAAUGUCCAGACAUCAGCACUCACCUGGCUGGAACCAAGAAGGUCCAGCAGGUGCUCGCCAGACCUGGAGUUCUGGAGAAGUUCUUCCCCGACCAGCCCCAAGUAGUGGAGCAGAUCAGAGCAACGUUCGCUGGCCUCUACACUCUGGACAUGGGUCCAGAAGGGGACCGCACAGUGGCCAUGGCUUUGGCCAACCCACAUGUGUUUGUCCUGAAGCCUCAGAGAGAAGGAGGAGGAAACAAUUAUUUCGGAGAGGACAUCGUCCGAGUAUUGCAGGGGGUUCAAAGUGAUAAAAGAAGAGCUGCUUAUAUUCUGAUGGACAGGAUCCGACCCAGAAGAGAACAAAACAUCCUGCUGACGAAAGGACUUCCACUCAAACUCGCCUGUGUCUGUUCUGAAAUAGGAGUCUUCGGAGUCUAUGUGAGGCGUGCAGGAGAAAUGGUCCUCAAUGAGGUCACAGGUCACAUUUUGAAGACGAAGAGCAUCGAGCACAAUGAUGCGGGGGUAGUUAGGGGAGUUUCUGCGUUUGACAGUCCGUUCCUCAUCUGA